AUGGUGUCGCUGCGGGGCCACUCUAUCUCCUCUAGGGUCUUGACUAGAAAAAACGUCAAGACAGGAACUACCUCGCUAAUGCCUUCGUUGGUGACUGCCACGAAAAAAACUAGCUCAAAUAAAGGGGCAGUCACGACAGUCACGACUACAACCACAACGGUGACUGCGUUGAACGCUAGUAAUAGCACGACUUCAAACACUACCGGUUUAGCCAACUCAGCCACGGAUGAAAGUGCUGGCAAGGUCACCACUACGACUAUUACGACAACGCAAAGUGAAAACGGUUCUUCGCCAGUGACGACAAUCACACCUGAUAAUGGGGUGAAUAGCACGAGCACCACGACAACUCUUUCGGGUGCCACGACUGUGACGUCCAAGACAGAUUCCGAAACAAACAGGUCUGUUAGUAACUCUACACUCUCACAAUUGACCAAUGCUGGAGGAAGCUCUGCUGCUCCCUCCCAUAGGACGUCAACCGCUCCUUUAGUAUCAACCAGCACAUCUUCGACACCCUCGUCAGCCGAAGAAACGAAUGAAGGAACUUCGGCAAGUUCCACGAAUACGGGUAGCAUCGCGACGACCAGCUCAAUAUCAACGCGUGGAACAGAGACAAAUAGAAAGACAUCCGCCGGCACGGGAUCGACGAGCAGUUACGCGAGCAAUGUCGAUCUUGCUACACCCGGGACCUCGACUACUACCAGUACGACAGCGUCCACCACCACGUCGAACGGGUCAAAUGGGUCUGCUACGAUCAUUGAUAACACAAAAGCAAGCAGUACUGUCACCGAAAGCUUGGCCACCUCGACGGCAACUUUAUCUGAUACAAGCCCUGCCACGCCUUCGUCUAGCGGAUACAUGACAACUUCGUCCUCACGUUCAUCUAAUUUGUCGUCGUCAGAUUCACUCAAAGAAUGGUUCACCAGUAGAAUUAGAGCUCACGAAACGCAGCUUGUCGUCAGUGCUAAUAGCUCCGCCAUGACCACGGGUGCGUCGUACCGGGUGUGCAAUGGUCUACCGGCGCUAAUUACUCGCUCCAACAUUGAGUCCCCGAAUGGCGGUUGCCCAGACGAGCUUACGGCACUCAACGCGUCCUGUACAUGCCUUACAGGAUAUAAUGCGACUGCAUCCUCUUGGGCUUUCCACGUCACUACCGAGUCGCAGAACUUUUCCACAAGCGCAACGAGGCGGUCGCUGACGAAAUCAUCCUCAAAUGAGCUGGCGAUCAACACCAUCCGUCCAAUUUGGGUGCCAUCAAGUCUGAAGACGCUGGAGAUUGUAAGUACUGACGAUUCUCCGGCUGAAAUCACUUUUAUCGAUGAAAACCGUGAGGCCUCAAAUUUUUCAUUGACCCUUGUGCGGUCGGUGAACAAUUCCACACAGAUCUCCACGCUUUCACUCAUUAAACUAGAUUUGAACGCUGUGGCGGCGACGAAGUCAGACUUCGUGCCAGUCACAGUAACGAAUCUGACGUUGCGCAAUUGCAACAUUUCGACGCUCGGUAGCAGCUUUACGCGUACCUGGGGCGGGCUCCAGUAUCUCGAUCUGUCUUCAAACAACCUCGACACUGAGUUCGUAGGUGGAGCUAAUCUCAAAGAACUCAACCUGUCACACAACGCACUUUCGGUUUUCCCCUUCGAAUCCCUCAGCUCGAGCGGUUUGGAAGUCCUGUACAUUCAGGGCAAUGACAUCAACGACUUCAACGUGAGUCAAGACCAGUUUGAACAAAUCCAAGCUCUUACAGCGUUCAAGGUGGAUACACCAUCUUCAUUAUUAACUUGUCAAGGUGGCGCGUGGCAGUCAGCACACGGUACUGCUUUUUGCGUUCUCAGCGCGUCCACGGCCGCAGCGCCCGAUCCACCUCAGUCAUCGGGAUCAACCGGCGACGGCGACAAUAACGGUCUCGGACUGCUGGCUUACUGGAUCAUCGCGGGUGCUAUCACCGUAUUUUUUGUGCUUCUGUUGGUGACCUGGCAGCGUCGUCGCUACAGCCGCGAAAGCGACAUUAGCUCAAUCGUAUCGCCGGAGACCAUUGAGCCAGUAACACCGCAGUACAACGUCAACCACACUUUCGGCGACGCACUCAACCAUGACAACGUCAUUGCCGCUGUUGGUACUGCUCGUACUGUUGUUGCUGCUCAGGCAUAUCCCGGAUACGGACGGUCUCACGGCAACAGCGUCGAUAGUGAUGACUCCACAGCUAUGAGCGUGACGUUAGCUACCGACAAAGUUUUGGCAUCGUGCCGACUGGAUUACGGUGAGCUGAUACUAGGUCGCUGUGUUAGUCGUGGAGGCUUCGGUCUUGUCUUCGUGGGCAGUUAUCGAGGGCGGCAGGUGGCAGUCAAAAAAAUUCGCAAUGAGCGUGAUGUCGGUCGCGAACAAGUAGAGCAAUUCGUGCGCGAGAUCUCGCUCAUUUCUGGUCUGAGCCAUCCGCGCAUCGUAGAGUUCAUUGGUGCAUGCUGGACGAUACCCGCUGAGCUAUCGGCGGUGACAGAAUUGAUGGAGCGUGGCGACCUGCGUGAUGUCACUAGACGGUUUAAGCGUCGUGGCUACCGCCUCUCAUGGGAGUCCCACAAGGCAGAUAUCGCGUUGCACAUCGCCGAAGCCCUGACUUAUCUACACGGAUUAACCCCGACAGUAAUUCAUCGCGACCUGAAAGCAAAAAACGUGAUGCUGAACGCCGACAUGGAAGCCAAGCUUAGUGACUUUGGCAUUGCGCGUGAACGUAGCGCGUACGAUGGCAGUGAGCACAUGACGGUGGGCAUCGGCACGUCAUUCUGGAUUGCACCGGAGGUGCUUCUUGGUCACGACUACGACGAGCGUGCUGACAUCUAUUCGUUCGGUGUCGUGUUAUCUGAAAUUGACACGGAUGAUUACCCGUACUGGAAUGCCCAGCAUCCGCCGCAGGGCAAGGCACAAGAGAAUGAGAUUCUCCGUCUUGUGGCUCGUGGUACCAAGCGCCCUGCAUUCUCGGACGAUUGUCCGCCUGCAAUCUUGGAGUUGGCUGCAUGUUGUCUCCGUACUGACCCUGAAGAGCGUCCUAGCGCUUUUGAAAUUGUACUGUACCUGCAGCAGCUUGCCCAAGAUCGCCACUCAAGCGCAUCGUUUUCGUCGAUGGUUCGAGCUGAAACCGCGUUUAGCGGUAUAAACACCAGUGCACCUGCAGUCACCGCUCCGGCAGAUACCAUCGUGAACCUCCGCUCUACCGUUCAAACCAUACAGAAAACCCAAGAAAUGGCUUCCUCUUUGGCUGCCGUAGCACAUGCCCCAGGAAAGCGCUCAUCAACGACGACAAAGAAUGUUUCAUCAAACGUUACAACAAUUUCGCGCAUCACUGCGGUCAAAGCGCUUGCCCCAGGACGCGAAGUGGAAGUGUCUUCACGUCAAGUGACCCAACCGGUGGCUUGUACAAAACUUUCUGCUCACAGAAAGAAACCCAGGCGAAAUGGUCCAGGAAAUACCAGUAGCAUCUCCGAACACGCUACAAUCACGGGCAGCAUCGAGAAUGCACGAUUGAAUCAAAGUUACGUCGGUGCAAGACCCUUGUCACCUGGCAGCCAGGAGGCGGAGCUGGUGACAACAUCAACAGCUGAGCUCUUCGAAUGGAAAAGAGGCCGCAGCCGUUUGGAUUGA